AUGUUAAUUGCUUUGCUACUUGCAAAGAUUUGUUUAACAAGUCAGCUUACUGUUGGUAUAGUUUACAGUAAUUUUACAGACCUUGACUUUGCUUCAAAUCUAACUGCUUUGGUUAAAAAUAAUCUCGAAGAUGAGCUAGAGGUUAAUCUUAUGUAUUUUGAUAGUCUUUGGGACGAAAGCAAGGCUAAAUAUAGCCCAGAUAUUAUUUUUGAUAUCGCUUUCAGCACAACACUAUCACAAUCAAUCAAAAAGUUUGCUGAAGAUAAAAAAAUUAUAAUCGCCAGUAUUGUCUAUGCAUUGCUAUGGAUUAGUCUUAAGAUCUAUUAUAGUUUGCAAUUCUAUUAGUGUGCAAUCCAAAUUAACUGACUGAAAUGAUUUUAAUAUCCAAUUACUUUUGAUUUGCCACAUAAUAUUGCAAGCCAGCCCGCAAUUUAGCAGCAGGUUAAAUCUCAAGCCGGUUCAUAAAAGUGUAUGAGUUAUAUUCAUAGCGACACUCAGCCCCAUAGUGACUGAGAAUUUUUUAUACAUAACUCUUGGAAAAGUCAAAUCGAAGCUUUGUAUGGGAUUAUUUCUUAUUUCAAUUGGCAAAAGUUUAUUGUAAUUUCUGAUGAUAUUAGCAAUAAAAAUAGUGAAAUUUUUUCUAAUUAUUUUAAAGACAAGGAUUACCGCUGAUACUUUUUCUCAAAUGGGAAUAAUGAAAAUUCAGCAAAUUUGUUUAUAGGGAAAGUUAUUCAGCCAAUUGGUAUAAGAAAUAUAUAUACAUUAAGACGGUGUAGCGAGCCAACCCACUCUGAAGUUGGGGAUACCCAGAGACCUUUUGAAAGGGUGGAUGACGUUUUUGGUGAGUAUCCUGCCAGGUUUUACUUGGCUUGAUGAAAUAAAAUGCUGGAUUAGGUCGACUUAGCUCAUCCCAGGUCAGGGCUUAAACUCUGAGGAAGAUAUAAGAUGGAGUUGGAAAAGAAAUCACAGGAACUUCCUUUGGACUUAUUUAGAUUAUUAUAGAGUAGCUCAAUAGUCAUAUUCAAUAGCUCCUGGCAAGCUUUUCACGUCCCUUGCUUCACCACACCCUCUUACUUGCAAGUUCGAUUAAAUGGCCUAAAGGCAUGUGCUGCUCCUUCCAGACGUGCUACCCUUGUAAACGAGAAUUAAUGAAGCUGGGUAACCUUGUAGUGCGCUUACAAGAUUACCCUUUUCGAAAAUUCGAAAGUGAAUUUCCUGUCAGGCUAUCGAUCUAGGUGAAGCUUGCAGCCCAGAUCGCAACUCCUGGUAUCGAGCCGGGUAAAUAUGUCCGAUUGUCCAAGCGACCGCUCUCUCUUGCUUUGCUAGGCGGUCCCUUUCCAAUUUCCAAGUCCUUCCUCCUUGAGGUAAAAUUUUACUAUGGUUUUAAAGCCUGCAGUCAGUGAGCCAACUUGUGAUCUACUAGGCCAAGUAAAAUCGGCCGGAAACUCUCUCCCUUCCAUAAGGUCCUGAAGCUUUCAUCAGAUUUAAGUGUGGUCAUUUAGACUAAUCGAUUAAUUUCCUAGUGCGAUGGCAAGAGUAGCGCCCUGGGCUGCAAGAACGCAGCCUGAAAAUUUGAUUUUUGGAAGAGAACCCUAGUCAGGUGUGCGGCACAGUCACUCAUUCUAAGACACUCCAAUUCGUUUGCGAGCUUAUUUCUGAAAGAGCAUAGCCGAUAGGCAGACAGCCCGCAGUCGCGAAGCAAGGUGGAGAAAAAUACCUUCUCGAGGUAUCACAGAGAGCUUUUUUAUAAUAUUAAGUAACUCCCCCCCAUCCUUGAUCGAACGAUUGAAUGUAAAAAUUCCUAAAAAUUAGGAAAAUUAACCCCUAUCCUUGAUCGAAUGAUUUUCAUAUCAUGCUAUUUUUUAUAUAUAUAAAAAUAUCUUUAAAAUUUAAAAUUCUUACUCCCCCCCCUCCGUGAGUGAACAAAACCAUUAGAAAAAAUCGCUAUUUUUUGCCCAAAAACCCACCCUCCGUGAGUGAACAAAAAUUUUUUUAAUAGAAAAAUUUUUUAUGGAAAAUAAAUUUUGAUAUAUAAAUGAUAAUUAGUAUAAUGAAAUCUAGAGCUAAUACUGUUUAAUUUUAAACGAAUUGCCUUUUAAAACAUAAAUUUUUAUAAAUUAAAUUAAUAUUUGCUUUCCAAUUUUUGUGAAUUAGGAUUUUUUUAAGUUUCGAAAAAAAAUAAUUUUUAUAAAAUUUAUAUAUAAAUUUUUUUUAAAAAAAAUAAAUUAACCCCCCUCCGUGAGUGAACAAAAUUUUUUUGUUCACUCACGGAGGGGGGGAGUUAAUAUAAUAAGGAACAAUUUAAAAAUUUAUACAGUUUAAAGGGAUAAUAACUUAACUUAACUUAAAAUUUAUAUCGCUUAACGUCCACUACGGGGUAGCCAACUCCAGAGCUGCUACCAUAUUUGCACACGUGCCGGGCCUGUGGACCGCUGGAUCGAUCCCUUUUGAUCGCCAGGGCAUGGACAAAUAAGGCGUUCCGGCUUCGUCGGGCUUCGCUUCCGCCACGGCUUUAUUUCGACUCAGCUCCUGCGCGUGUUCCACCUUCUUUCGGGUGUGCUGAGGGGUAAAAACUCCAGAUCUUGAGCGCACUGAGGAGUAGUUCCUCUGGUUAUCCCCAAAGUUAAAACUGCUAUUGCUGUGCAGAAGUUCUUGAGGUAAAAACUCAACCCCAUAAAUAAAAUUGCUUGAGUGAGAGAAAGUUAGCGGAGCCAACUUCGCUUGAGCGAAAGCCAUUUUAUUUAUCAGUUUAAAGGGAUAACCAAUAAAUAAAAAUAUUAAAAAUUGGUAUUCUUACGAAAUUAAUUCAAUUUUUUACUGUAAAAAUAAUUAUUAAAUACUCUUAACCUCUUAUUUAAAAGUAUAUAAAAAAACAAAAAGCAUAUAUUUUUUAUUUUAUAUAAAUUUUUUUCUCAAAAAUAUCUUUUAGCCCCAUCCUUGAUCGAACGAUGAUGAGCCCGUUCGAUCAAAGAUGGGGGAGUAAGAAAAAUGCAUAAGAAACAUUGUGCUACUAAAUCAAGGAGAAAGUGCAAAAUUAUUAUUGAAAGCUUUAGAAGAAAAAAACUUACUUAUCAAUGGAACUGGAAUUAUUGUUGGAAGUGAAGGUUCCUGAGGGUUAAAUGGGAAUUGAAUAAUUGGCUAUGUAGAAUCAGGGCUAGAGAGUGCUGAUAGUUAUUAUAGUUAUCAAGGAUUAGCGUUUAUCAAGUAUUUGAAAAUUAUCCUGAAUUUAGACUUUUCAUCUGAUCUCAGUCUCUUCCAGAAGUUGAAUAAUUAUUUUGGCAGAGAAACAGAAAUUAGAAGUCCAACAUUCCCAGGUUUGUCUUUAAAUUCAAGUUGCUACGGAAUUUCUAGCUUGAAAGCAGAUUGCGUGCCUUCCAAUUUAUUUGCAGUUGAUAAUCAUCCUAUUUCAAACUUCACUCUCCUAAAUACAAAAAAUAACCAAAAGAUUAUAUCUGGAAAUAUUUUCGAAGGAAAUUUGACUAUACUAGCUCCUCUUUCAUUUCCAGGAGACUCUUUAAUAAUACCAAACUCUCCAUUUACUUAUAUUAAUAUAUGGUAUGAUAACGGACUACUCCUCUUGAUUCAUGAGCGAGAUUUUCUGAUUAUUAAAUUUUCAAAUAAAAUUGUAUAUAUUUUUUAAGAAAUCACAGAAAAUAUAUAAUUUAAUUUAAAAACUUUUUUUGGGUGUAAAUUUAACAGAACUAUUAGUUAAUUAUAAAAAUACUAAUUAAAAACUAUUUCCAAAAUAAAUUGCUUUCUUUCUUAUUUUCUAAAAAAGCAGGGUUUGCUAGCUCUUUAAGUGAGGAGUUAGGAUUGUGAGCUGGAAUCCUUUAUACUUUGAUCUACUGAAAAAGCUUACACUUUUUAGAAGGCUUCGAAAUAUCCUCAACUGAGCUUCUUUGCUCAGGAAACACAUAUCACCAAAAUCUCUGUUUUUCUCAUGCAUUGAGCACACCAGCUGUAGGAUUUAUAACAUCGCCUUUCUCAUCAGAAAGCAUUUCUUUUAUUUACACAUUGAGAUCUCUAAAUUGUUCUAUACCUAAUGUUUCUCCAUACUCUCCUUCGGACACUUUACGAAAUAAAGCAGAGUUUCCCGAGUUUAUGACAAUCACGAAAGAUAUCAAAUUUAAUGCAAAAGUUAUGAUAGAUCUCGCUGUUGUUUUUAGAUGGCAAAAUUUUAUAGUCCUUUACGAUGAUGCUAAUGAUCUUGAUUGCCAAUAUUUCAUAUCAUUAAUAGAGCAAUUUAAUAUGAAAACAGCAACUAAAUUUAAUAUAAAAAUUGCAAAUAGUCCUGAUAUGAGGAAAAUGAACACGACCUACACUGUUGAUAAAUUCUCGCAAUGAAAGGGUUGAUUCGAGAGCUUAAUAAGCUUAAAUGUUAGGCUUUAUGUCAUUUUUUUGAAUAUCCCUUCUUGGUGACAUGUUGUUGAAAGCUUUUACGAUGCAGGAUUGAGAAGGGGUGAUGCCAUUUUUUUAUCAAAUGGAAGAGUUGCAUAUUCACUUACAUGGGAGACAGAUACCUCACAGAUCAGUAAACUUAUUGAAUUAUUAUAUGGAUCUGUUGUUGUUUUCCAUGCUGAAUGAUUUGGAGAAUAUGGGAAAAAGUUGGAAAAUGGCUAUUUAAAAUAA